AUGCGGCAAACGAGCAUCGUCGCCUGCGUCGGGUUGAAAGAGGAGAAGGACGAGAUGAUGGGUAGUAGUACUGCUGCUCCUCCGGGCGCGUCGUCGUCAUCGAGAGGAGGAGGAAAUGGAAGACACGGAAGACAUGGAAUUUCAAAAAUGUACGACGCGCGCGAUGUGCUUUUGCAGAACAACAAGUCGCACGCGGCGCAAGUGAUGGAAGCGGAGACUUUGGCGGCGCUUUACAGUCCACUUUCGGAGAAUCAUCGUCGAGCGAUUGGAGAAGAAAAAGAAGAAGAACAUUUCGAUGCGAAUGAAUCAGAGAAGAAGAAGAUGGACAAAUCGAAACAAUAUCAGAGAGACUUGCUGCUUCAAAUCGAACAGAACCGAGAACGCAAGCGAAACGAGAAAGAGGACGAGAGACGAAUGGAAAGGAUUCGGAUGAUGUCUUCGUCCGCCGCGUCGUCGACGAACGGCGGUCGCGGCGGUAAAGUCGACGUAACGGCUGCGUACGGACGAAGAGAAUUGUACGCGCGGGAGAAAGCGAACGCUGAAUACGAAAGCGCGUUGAAAAUGCAAAUCGAAGAGAAGAAACGGAGGAAAGAGGAAGAAAAACGGAAAAUGAGAGAGAUGGAGAUUGAGGACGAGAGGAGGAUUUUACGAGAUUUAGAGAGGAUGAACGUGAACAAUGCGAGCGGCGACUUUAGUACUGGGUUUGGAGCGCGCGGUAAAAGCAAAUCAGAGGAGCCCGUAGUCGAUGACGCGAAAAAUGUAGCAAACGUCGUCGUCGUCGUCAAAGAAGAAGAAGUGGGCGAAUUAUUAAGCUUUAGCGAGUUUGUCUUCCCGACAACGGACGAAGAACUCGACGGUGGUAAUACUUAG